CUAGCGCAAUGUGUCAAAAUAACUGUCAGUGUGCCUUGCUUUUUGCUUUCGACACGAUCCGUCCAACGGUGAACGUUGCCUCUUGUCUGUGUGUUCGGCUCAGUUGCAGAGUGGCUUUCGGCCGGAACGGUCUCCAGGCUCGCGUUGUCCUGGUGCGCGCGACGGCGUGUGUGUGUGUGAGAGAGAGAGUUGUGAUUGGAAAACAUAAUUCAUCUGAAGAAAAAAAAAAUAAAGUGCGGAAACCACAUCCUUUCGGGCCAGGAUUAACGGAGGGCUUCCACCGGGGGGGCCGCCAGCGGAGUGUCCACCUCGAUCGCAAGGUGCUCGAAAGAGUGUUUUUGUGAAGUUUUGAGAAGAAAAAGAAAAAAAAUCGGAUCAGCAAAGAAUCGAUUUUGCUUUGCGUGUGUGGGAGAGUGGAAAGUGUUAUCAAUCAAAAAGGGGUUAGUUCGAGAGAUAUUUGAAGUUUUAGUUAGUUUACAAAAGAUACAGUGAGUGCAGUGUACGAAUAAGAAUUGCGCUGUCGAAUUCGAGCGUAAUUCCAUUCAUCGAAAGUGAAAAUUCUGCAUUUCUUUGUUGAGUGAAGGAUUGAAAAAAAAAAGAAGUUCGGCAGACAUCGCCUUUAUCUUCAUCCCGACGACACAGACACAUCUGUGUUUGUUAGCGGUUGCCCAAGAAACUGCCAGACGAGAAGUGUACAAUCGACAACAUAAAGGUGGGACCGUAAUCGAAUCAUUCCCGUCGUAGCACGCUCUCGGCCUUCCAUCGUCGGUCAUGGAGGUGCCUGCAAGUAGCGCCAGUAGCAGAACGACCGACGCCACAGUCAACUUCCGUCAGAGCUGCCAUCACCACUCGACUCACUCCCGAGCGUCCACAACCAGAAGCCAUUCCCCCCGUUCCUCCCCCGCGACGACAGAAAUGAUUUCGUCACGCGGCAGUAGCUGGCGGCGGUCCACGUUCCGGGGCCCACCGAAGCUGGCAUUCGUCAUCCUAUUGCUCAUGGCCGUUUUCGGCAGCAGAAGUAAUCAACUAGUACAAGCGGAGAUUUUGAAGAUCCCGAAGACUGAAUUCACCAACUUUAGCGAAACACCCAACUACAUUAGCUCAACGUCUUACAACGCGCGCGGAAUGGGUCCGCUGUACAAUCUGACCAACAUUGCGAUCCGGCUGUUUGUCGACACCGAUCCGGUCCCAGAAGGCUAUCUAAUCGUAGAGGAAGGAAGCAUCAAGCUGGGCCCAAAUGUGCAGGAGAACAACUGGGGACCGCUGCUGCGCGAGUACUGGGCCGUCCUGCUGGUCACGGUCAUCUGUGUCCUGCUGAUUGUGCUGAUGCCAAUCAUCGGCCUAUGUCUGUGCUGCUGCCGGUGCUUUGGCGGAUGUGGUGGCCGCACGCAGCCCUUCGACAAGAAACACGACACCUGCCGCCGGGUGCUGCUCGGACUGCUGCUGAUAUGUACCACUUCUUCGCUGGUGUUUGGAGUGGUCAUUGCGUUCGCUACAAAUAGCUACCUGCAGCAUGGUGUUGAGAACAUUACAACUUCGGCCCGGUACGGCGUGGACGAUACACGUGAGUUUCUUAAGUCGACCUCGCGCCACAUUUCCCAACUGCUGGAAAUGAACUACCAGGAGCUCAACAGCCAGCUGAAGAAGACCCUCGGCGAGGCGUCCGACAUCAUCAUUCAACGGCUGGAGGAGGAAUCGCAGGCCGAGAAGCUCAACACGUUGAAUGACUUUGUCGAGCAGCUUCCGGCCAUCAAGAACAACCUGGACCGGAUGACGCUGCUGACUCGGGAACUGCGAGUGAACGCCUCGCAGCUGAACGACGGAUUACGUGGCGUUAAACGAGAACUGUUGGCCUCGCUGACCAAAUGCGGCACCCAGGAGUGCAUCAACGUGAUGGAGGACUACAAAAUCGGUCGGCUCGACACCAACGGGAUCGAUUACAACUCGAUACAAGACAGAUACUUCCCGAGGCUUCCGGACUUGACCGAGAUCACCAACAGCGUGCAGGACCUGGUGUCUGGCAAUGUGGCCGAUGCGGUCAAGGAAGGCGUGGACGAGCUGGAGAAGCUGAAGCAAACAUUGAAGCGUACCGUGCGGGACAGUAUUCCGAUGGUGACGGCCGCUGCGGAUUCGACCGGCAGUGCCAUCAAGUCGGCAUCGGAUGAGCUGACGUCGCGGCUGAACAGCGUUCGGAACUUGAUUGGCAACAACACUUACAAGCACCUGGAGACGGCCGACGAUUACAUCGUGCAGUACAGCAUCUAUCGGUAUUACGUGGGACUGGGGGUUAGUUCGGUGCUGCUGUUGAUCCUGAUGUGUCUUGUGUGCGGACUGCUGUGCGGAAUCUGCGGCAAGAGACCGGACGGCUACGGGGAUGAUUGCUGCAACAAGGGCGCCGGUGGACGGUUCUUGAUGUUUGCCGUGGCCAUCAUCUUCCUGACCUUCUCGGUAAUUCUGGCCGUCACGCUGGUGUCCUUCCUGGCGGGCAGCGUUCUUCGCCGUGGCGUGUGCGAUUCGCUGAAGCACCCCCGGGACAGCCAGGUGAUUGACUACAUCGACACGUACUUCAACGUCAACAAGCAAUACGAGCAAAUCCGAUCGCAAAACACGCGCUCCAAGUGGAAGCUCCAGGCGAAUGCCCGCCCGGAUCCGCUCCGGAUCGCCGAGGUGAUCGAGUCGUGCAGCAAAAACAACUCUGUUUAUGAGGUUCUGAAGCUGUCCAACUUUUACGACAUUCAGGAGAUUCGCCAAUUCCCCGAAGACUACGGUAUUACGCGUGAGUUGAACGCGCUCAAAGAGAAGAUCGAGAUCAAAAAGGUAGACAUACUGUCGCCAACGGCUAAGAAAAACAUCGAAGAGCUGCGCGACUCUCGGUUGAACGACUUUAUGGCGUACAAAUUCAUCGAUCAUCUCACCGAGAAUAUCACUCAGAACAAUCUGAACGACAUUGCUCACAAACUGCGGGACGUGGCCAACCGGAUCCCGCCGGGUAAGGAAAUGAACGACAUCAAGGUGAACCUGAAGAACCAGGCGCUGCAUUUGUCCUCGUACCAGCUGAAUCUCGUGGAACCGAUGCUGCGCUACACCAGCGAGCUGCGCAACCUGUCGACGACGCUCGAGCGCAGCCUCAAGUUUGGCAAAGAUUCAUUCGCGCUCGCGAUCGAAGACUUCCUCGAGCACAUCCAGAAGGCGGAGGCGUACAUCAACGUGCAGGGCCAGAAGUUCGUGGAGGAUGUCACGUCCGAGCUGGUCAACGGCAUCCUCCAGCAGAUCCACUCGUAUCUGAACCUGGUGAUUGAGGCCACCAGCAAGAACAUUGGCCGCUGCGGCCCCAUCGCCAACGUGUACGACUCGAUGACGGUCGCGACCUGCAACAGGAUUGUGGAUCCAUUCAACGGAUUCUGGGCCGGCGUCGGGUGGUGUCUCGCCAUCUUCCUGCCGACGAUCGUGCUGUGCGUGAAGCUGUCCACGCUCUACCACAAGUCGGAUCCGUACCCGGGCCCGCUGGUCGAAUCGGAGUACCUGUACGAUGCCUACAGCGAGCGGGACAACAUUCCACUGGCGAGUGGCCCAAAGAAUAAGCGCCGCAAGAAGAAUGAUCGUCGCCGAGACUCGCGGGACCGGCGUGAUGUAUAUUACGAGGACGGCAGUCCCUCGGGAGGACACAGCCGAGAGCCCCGGUAUAACGACAUGGCGCCAAAUCUAGAGCCUCCAAUUCCAUCAAUACUAACCAAUAGCAGUAGUGUUGGCCAGUCCGCGGACUUUUCGCCCACCAAAAUGGGUUCGCCAGGGUCGGGCCCACUGUCACCGAAUCGGUUGCUAAGCCGGAUGUUCCAACGGUCGUUUUUGGACGACUACGAACGGGCCCACGAAGCCGCAGACGAUUCCCGGCGGGCGGGACACGUAAGCCGUAGCAAUAGCAGUGUAGGUUCCAUCCGAUCGAUGGGAAUCCUGCCCAGCCGAACGCCGUCUCCGCUGGACUUCCGGACGGUAUCGUUCCGACGGCCCCGUUCGCUGGCCGACGACAUCAACCGGGGGAAGCGUGAGGCGCGAUCCUCGUCCAGGACAGACAGUGGAUUCGAUCGAUACUGAACCACUUCCGGGGUCGUUGAAGGCGCGAGAAAAGGUUUCUAUAACUGUGCUGUCGGAUGUCGAGGGAAAUUAUUAGUUCCGUGGUCAGCCAUAUCAUACCAUUUUACUCCGAGCACAACCUGGUCAUUCACUCGUAGUGCGUGCCACAUUCCAGUUCUGCACCACGAUUCAUUCGUCGCCUUUCGCGUAGAAAGCGUUCAUCAACCUUGUAAAUACACACUUUCAAGCGCACGGCCCCCCUCCCACGAGUAGACCACAUCCGGUCCACGUAGUUUGUCUAGAUUGCUUCGCUGUUUGCUAUUCCCCGAUCUUUCAUCUCAGUGUCCACUGUUUCCUCUGAUACUGAAUGUCGUGCACAUUGUUGUUGU